GGUUUCUUAAUUCUCUUAAAAGUCACUGAGCAGAAAUUUAACACUCUCGCAAGUUUCAGAUAUAGCUAUCCUUUAGCCAGGAUAGCACAUACGUGUGGCGUGUAUUUGACGUUAUUUGUUUCCUUGCACCGAUAUCUAGGAGUUUGUCAUCCAUUUCGAGCUCAACGAUGGAUCACAAGGACUCCCGUAAAAUGCGUCAUUAUCGCUUCUGUAUUAUUUUCAUUUCUGAUCAAUUCCACGACUUGGCUUGAACUUACCGUUGUUCCCUGUUAUAGCAAUAAAUUUCAACGCAUAUCACAACAUAUUCAGUUGACGGAACUACAGAUGGACCACACGUAUGGAGUUGUUAUGAAAGUCAUCACAUAUACGCUGGUGAUGUUUUUCAUACCAUUUGUUACGCUAAUAAUCGUGAAUUUACGUAUUAUUCUUACUCUAAAAGAAAGUUCUGAUUUGAGAGCUAUUUAUACAAGCCGCAAAUCACCUUCAUCCCGACAAAAUUUCAAGUUAGUGCUAGUUUUGAGUCUUGAACUAUAUUAUUCUUGCUACUGUUCGGUCCAAUCAAACAUGGAAAAACAACAACCGUCAAACUGCCAGUCGUCAGCCCGCGAUACCUCGGUGACUUUAAUGCUUCUCGCCAUAGUCGCUAUGUUCCUCACUUGCAACGGCUUAGCAUUCUGCAACAAUAUCAUCGAAAUCUUAAUAUUCGUAGACAAGAUUGAUAGCUCUGAUAGUGAAAGCGCUUUUGAGAGCAGUGUAGAAAUUGCAAAUAUUUUGGUCUCCUUGAACUCGUCGACGUCCAUAUUCAUUUAUCUCAUACUGAGUUCAAAAUAUCGCGAGAUUGUUAAGACAUACCUCGGCUUGAAAAUCAAAAAAUUUAGAAAAUUAUUAAAGGAUAAGCUAAUUCAUUUUGUAACUAUAAAAUAUUGUACGUGUAUUGCAACUUUUUUGCAGUAUAUGCUAAGUCAACUAAUCUGA